GAUCCGUUAGUAGUACAUUGUGUACGUACGUACACACACAUGCAUGAAAUACGCGUUACGUGCGGUACAUUUGUUUACACGUAAAUGCCAAAAAUGAUCGUGAAACUUUGCAAGCUGAAUUAAACUACAACUUUAGGAAUCAUGAACCAAAUUAAUCACGACAUUGUUCUCUAAUCUGAGAUGUCAAUCUGCACUGAUGUAGACGCGAUGAUGCUGUGAAGCAAGGGUUGAAUUCCAUCUGGGACGUUUUCCCUUUUAAGACGACAUGCAGCGCACUAGCUCACCAGCGAUACGCUACCGUAACCACGGUAACUCCUUGGGGCGAAGUUUCCACGAGGCAAGCUACCAGCCGGACUUGAGGCACUCUUCGCGUUACGCCAAUGCUACCUCCCCACUGGCCUACGAUGACGAAGAUUCGUUGGUCACGGGCUCUGGGCUCGAUACGAGCUUUGAGUUGAUGUCGGCGACUCAACUGAGGGAACAACUCAGGAGGGAACAACAGAGAAGACGAGACAAAGAGAAAGAGGUGGACAGUCUGAAGCGAUCCACUAACAGCCUGAUGGGCAAACAGACCCCACACAGCGCCGGCACGAAGACACAAGAUAAUCCCAUUAAUGGCCAUGACUCAGACAGCGGCAUCAGCCACACCCUGUCCAACUCACAAGGCCAAGCCAAGACCUCCCCCCGCCCACUCCACUCCUCACCCCUCCUCCACAUCGACGUGGAUGCCAGCCCCUCCCGCCGCGGUGCCAGGACCCCCGCCCCUCACUCUGCCGAGGAACCCUGGAGUAUGUCCUCCACCUCGGGGGCUCUCAAGAAUCUUCAAGACGGGAUGUAUGAGAGCGAGCAGAGACGGCUGGCGUUGGUGGAGAAACUGCGAGAGGCUCAUGAGACGCUUCAGCGACAGACUGAAAGAUUGUGUGAUAGCGAAGCCAAGCUGAACGACAGCCACUACACCAUUGAAAGUCUCUCCACAACGAAUGAGGACUUGCACAAGAAAGUUGCCGGGCUUCAGCGGGAGAAAGACAGGACAGUGGAAGGCCGACAAGAGAUCAUUCAUCAGAACGACAAAUUACAACAAAGGGUUGAUGACCUGUACCAAGAAUUGAAACGGACCAAGUUGUCUCAGGAAAGCCUGCAGGCCGAGCAGCGCAAGCGAGAUCAGAUCGUCGAGCAGACCUCCAAGGCCUUGGAUAUGAUGGAAGAAGAGAACAAGAAUUUCCAACAGAUGAAAGAGAGCAUGAUCAAGGAGACCAAGGCCUUACGAGAGAGCCUACAGAUGGCCAGAGCCAAGGCGGAGAAACUAGAACUGGACAACAAAGAGCUGGACAAGAUUGCGGAGAAGCACGAGUUACUGGCUGCCCAGAAUGCCGAGCUGAACAGCCAAUUACUGGAGGAGAGAAGAGCGAACACUGACCUGGAUCACCAGGUGGACCUCUUGAGGGCGGACUUCAUGAAAGCCAGAGAGGAGCGUGAGGUUUUCCAGAGUCGCGCCACCCAACUGGAAGAGAAGUGUGCCGACCUGAACGCCAAGUGUGUCAGUUCCUCCGCCUCCAAAGAGAGACUCUUGCAGGAGAAACUGGACCUGCAGCAACUCCUCAAUCUUGCCACCCAUGAAAAGGAACAAAUGAACAAGACGAGACAAACCCUUGAGGGGAGAUUGACGGAGCUCCAACUGGAAGUGACGCAGAGCAAACUGAUGGUGGAGAAGAAAGAAGAAGAGAUGGAUAAAAUGAUGGAAGAACUCAACGCUGUCAAGAAGGUUAGCGAGGUGCUUUCCUUGGAGCUGGCAGCUGCUAGGACCAACCUCGAGAAGUCCCACGAAGACAUCAAACAGUUGAGCGCUGACAAGCGGGCAGUGCAACAACAGCAGACGUACUGGGAGAACGAGGCUAAGAGACUGUCGACGGAGAAAGACGCACUGGACAAGGCUCUGGAACAGCACAAGCAGGAAUUCAUGAGGGAGCGAGAGCAGUUGGAGGAACAGCACCAGACAAUGAAAGAGAACGUGAAGGAGAUCCGAAUGGAGAAGAACAAGAUGGCCUCCAAGUGCCAAGAACUGGAGACUAUGCUUCAACGUGCCAACGAUGACCUGCGAGACAGCAGUCUCCAGCAUCAGGACGAGAUGGAGGAAUGGAAAGCAUCAUCGGAGCGACUGACCGCCUCCUUGAACCGCAAGGACAGCGAGAUCACAGCACUGUCGGAGAAACUUGAAGAAGCACAGGAAAAAUAUGUACAACUGAAGUCGGAGCUACAGACAGCCAGGAUCAAGCAGGAGCAGUAUGCAGAGUACCGCGAGGAGGCGGAUCGGCUGAGAGAGGAGAACAAACAGCUAGCUCAGGAUCACGCAGAGGAUCAGCAAGUCAUACAUCUCCUGGAGAUGCAGAAGAAUAUCCUUUCAAAGGGACAGAGUCCCGGAGGUCAGCGGAUGACAGCAGAGCAGCUCCAAGCUCAGGUAGACCAUCUCAGAGCUGAGCUGGGAUUAGCAGAGGAUAAAGUAAACGAGUUGAGAGAGGAGCUAGCCAGAGAGAGAGCCCAGGCCUCCCUGGGUCUAGACAUGACGGACGGAGUCACCAGACGGUCUGCUAGGAGUACGCCCGUACCCUGCCACAAUUGCCAAGAACUGGCUGAUCAAAUCCUGAAACUACAGGAACUCAAUUCCUUGCUGUCAGAAAGGAUCCAAAGAAUGGAGAAUGAAAGCCAUCAGACUUCCCUGCGGUCCAAAGCCGUCUCCGAUCUUCAAGACAAAUGCCGACACCUUGGCGAGAAGUCGCAAUCCCUGGAGGAAGGCAACCGGCAACUGUCGGCCAAAGUCACGCACCUGGAGACCGAGAGACGCAACCUGCAAAACCAGGCCAUGGACUCUAUGUCAAAAGUCGAAUACGACCAGAUGGAGAGGGAACGAACACGGCUCAAGCUGGAUUACGAACGGUUGAAGUCGGACUACAACGAGCUGGAAGGGCGCCACCAACGAUUCGUCACAGAUCACUUAUCGAGGACGCUGGACAGCACGGGCCUUGGUGCGUCGCUGUCUGCACAGGAUCACAGAGAUCAACUGGAAUCGGAAAUCCGCAAGCUCCAGCUGGAGAAUGAAUCUCUGAAGCGACAGAUAGACCAUCUGAACAGCCAAGCGCUACUGGCUGACAACGCCAAGAAACGAUCAGAAGAUAAAAUACUAUUAGGAAUUUUGGAGAAGGAAGCACAUGAGAUGCAGGCAGAGCUGACCAAGCAGAAGCGCAGGCAGUCCCCGACUCCAGAUGGAGAGUCCACCCUGAGGUCCCAGCUCUUGGAGCGCAGCCACACUAUCAACCAGCUCCAGGCCGAGAUAGCCACCAAGAACAUCGCCCUGGAGUCCAUGAGGCAGGGACUGGAUGCUCGGGUGGACAGCAAGAACCAGGAGAUCAGUGAGCUGAUGAGAGAGAAGGAGGAGCUGAAUGAGACAAGGAGGAGACUGGAGCAGGAGAAACUAGUCCUGGAGAUCAAGGUUGAUGAGCAGAAGUCAGUGAUAAACCUGUUGCGAGAGGAGAAGCCUCGUAUAAUGGAAGACAAGGAUACCAAGAUUGCGGAGCUUCACGCUGAGUUCAUCCAAGCCGAUCGAAAUGCAAAGAAACUGGAAAAUGACCUUAUGAACAUGCAGGAAAAAUUGUUUGAGAAAGAUAGCGAGCUGGUUUGUCUCCGUCUCCAACAAACCACCGAGCUUGAGAGUGCCCAAGAGGGCACCCUCAAACAGGUGAAGGACCUUCAGAGUCUCAUCCUGAAGAAGGAGAGCGAGCUGGCCGACCUCCGGCAAGAGCUCCAGGCCAAGAGUAAAGACUUCCGGGAGCUCCUCCAAGCCAAGACCCGACAGGACUUAGAGCUGGAGCACAUCCGGGAUGAGCACGCCCACCGAGUGGAGCAGCUGACCAACGCGAACAAGCGCCAGGAGGAGGAGAUCGUAGCUCUGCGGGAGGAGCUCAACAACCUCAGGGAUCAGCUCCGGAGGUUGCGGGAGAGCCAGGACUCGGACGCCGAGAACCUGAAGGAGAAACUCAGCGAGACGGCCAGGGAGACGGCUCGGCUGAAGGAGAGCCGGGAACGUGAGGUGACGGACCUCCAGGCAGAGCUGACGAGGAAGGAGUCUGAGAUUCAGAAGCUCCUGUCGCAGAAGGGGUCAGAAGUGGAGGGCUUGGAGGAGCAACUUGGAGACAUGUCCAAGGAGCUGUCUCGCUACCGAGACAACAAGGAGAAAGAGGUGAUGGACUUGAGGAAUGAGCUGACCAGGAGGGAGGCGGAGCUUGUCAAACAGAUUGAGAAGAAGGAAGGCAUCAUCAUGGCAUUAGAGGAGGAACUGGAUGAUGAAAAACACAGGAAGCCAAGACUCAUGAAGCAAUCUAUGAACGCAGUGGAGGAAGAGCUAGCCUCAGUCAAGGGUGAGCUGCAACGGGUCAAUGGAAUGAUCGACAUCAAACAGACGCAGAUUGACGAGCAGAACAGCCGAGUCAGGGAUCUGGAAGCAAAGAAAGAGGAACUUCAAAGAGACAAGACAGAUAUGAGACGAAAACUUGAGGCUGAACUUGAUGAAAACAUGGACACCAUCAGAGACUUGAACCGGAGAAUCGAUCAACAUAAAACGGAAGUGGAACUCAUGAAAGAGAAGUGUAAAGCCCUGGAAGGCCAGUCUACUGACAACAGUGCGCAUGGGGAUCGUGAUGAAUUUUCCAAAAGGUUAGAGGUCAAGAUCCAGACCCAGGAGGAGGAGCUACACGCCCUGAACCGACUGGUCACCGAUCUUCAAAACCGCAACAAGAAGCUUGAGCAGACUCGAGACACACUGCAGGAGAACGUGGAGACGUAUCGGGGGCGGAAUAAGAAACUUGAAGAUGUGGAGAAAGCGCAGAAGAAAGAGAUGGAGACGCUGAAGGAAACGGCCGGAGCCAAGUGCACAAAGUGCAGGCGUCUAGAGGCUCAGUACGAGGAGGUGUUGGGAGAGAAAGAAAGCCUCGAAGAAGAGAACGAGGAACUGCAUCAAGAAGUAGAAAACUUGGAAGGGCUGCUGAAUAUCCAGACACAAGAUGCCAAGAAAAGUCAAAUGAAACCCAAGGAGCCAGUCAAGAAAUCCCCGGUGAAAGAGGAGAUCAGCAUCACCCAACAAACCCCAACCGAAUCUAAGAGACCCGGAUCAGGGUCUGGCUCCCCGUCCCCCCGCGGUGCGUCCCCAGUGCCCAAGAAGGUCGCCAAUCCCUUGGAGCUGGCCGCCGCGUUGAAGAGACUGUCCAACAAGACGGCUGCCGACGCGGCCAAACGUCGGGGUUCGGGCGAUUCCCCGGACUCCAAGAGAGGCUCGCAGGAUCUGGGAGCCUCCUUCGAGGCCAGCGGGGCGUCCAUUCGCGGGAUCCCAGAGGCAGGGCGUUACGACCAGAACAAGCGCGCCUCGCUGAACUCCAUGGAGGCACGUCUGCAGGCUUUGAGGAGCUCUAGCCAGGUCAAGCCGGUCAAGGGAAUCCUGGAGAAGAAGGAUCUUGGUGCGUCCGGGGAGCAGCCCAAGAAGCAGGCACGCUUUGUCCUGCCGUCCAGCCGGAAGUUUGAUAAACCACAGGUGGUCGGGACGAGAGAUGACAUGUAAGGGAAUUUGAAUACAAAUCUACCUCCAUCUGAUCAGGCGCAUGCUGUGUAAAUGCAGAUCUCAUGAUGCAAGAACAGCCGAUGGAUCAUCAUUUACCAGAUCAGCAGGUGAUAUAGUACGCUGUAUGUAAGUUGCUGUAUUUAUGGUGUGCUCUUAAAGACUAUGCACAGCUUAAAGGGAAUGUACAUCAUUGGUUUUUGCUGUAAUUUUCAGAAUUGAACUAUUUGAGAGGUUAGUAUAAUAGAUCAAAUAUUGUUACAC